UGGAUCUUGUCAUUCACCAGAGUAACGAUAGGCGUAUCACUUAUUAUUCAUUAUUAUCAAAAGCAAAAAAAUAUCAUGAUAAAAGGAUUAAAAAAUUAUAUGAUUUCACUGUGAUGGUAGUGAACUGGAUAAAAAAUGAAUUUAUCGACAUCAGAAGAAGGUGAAAAAUCAUGGGACCACCCUUGGAGUACCGAUGAGAUUAGAUUGAAGCAGCAUGAGUGGAGUUUGGCUGGAGAUGUCGGUUUAUUAAGACACCUUGAAAAAUUUUCCGAAACAUUGACAUCUAGGGUUAAAUCUACGCAAGAAAACCUCGACUCGCUUACUAGUGAUCUAAACGAGACAACUGUGCUGAUAGAUAAUGUAACAAACGCGUCACUAGCCCUCGCUAAUACUCAGUUUAUUGAAAGCCGGGUCUACGAAGAUGACCCAAGCAGCGAAGAGCAUCAAAAGAAAAAAACCGAGACUGUUAAUGUCCAGAAAGAAUUAAGCGAGGCUGAGGUGAUUGCAAUAGUCAGCGAAAACAUCCAGCGAGGGCUCCAAAUAAUGGACGAAAAAUAUGACCGGCUGGAAGUGGUCGCGAGUGACGACAGCGAUGAUGAAAAUCCCAGCCAGUCGAUGGUGUCAGUGCCGAGCUUUAUCCUCAGGCCAAAGGAUCCUUACAAAGACCGUCCAUUGCCGUAUGUGAUUGGUUCGGACAAAUGGCAAGCUUCGAAUAAAAUAGGAAUUGAGUCGAGCAGCAGCGAGUCAGAGGCUCUGGAUAAUGAGGAAGAUGAUGAUGACGAUGAUGAUGAUGAGAGCACUGAGGGUGAUAAAAUUACACAUAUCUUUAAUUCUACUCAAAGAAAUAAUUUGCUGGCCAAAAGAUCCUCAUUGUCGUCCAGCGAAUCUAGUGACUUUAAUGAUAAAAGUAAUAAUACUAAUAAGCUAGCCAGUGGUCCUAGUUCGACGACUGAUAAGAUGUACACCAGGAGUCAGGAUACGCUUAAUUCAACCUCGGAAAUUGACACGCCUGUUGAAGUAAAAGGGAAGACGGGCAGAGACGCUCCUGGUUUCGCUGAAGAACUUGCCAAGAGGCUGGGAAGUGUUUUGCCUGGUGCUAAGGUUGAUAGCUCCAAAGCUGAUGUUGAUAGGUCGUCUGUCAAUCGUUCCAAUGAUGAUCUGUUUGAUAAUGAGAAGAAGAAUGAAGAUAUAUUCAAUGUUAAAAAGGACAAACUAUUUAGUGAUGGAGGGCUGUUUGAUGAGGACGUACCGAAUCGUUUAUGGAACAAUAAGCCAUUGAGACGUCCGCAAUCUAAUAUCAUUCCCGCCAGUAUUGAUUUACCGCCACCGAUCCAUUCUGUUGAAGCUAAACCUAAAUCUUCAAUCGACGAUCUGUUUGGUGACGUGGAUUCUGACGAAUCUGACGAUAUAUUCGCGCCUCGUAGCUCGACUAAGAGUACUACUGUUGAUAAAACUAGCGUGAGUGAUAAACCAAAGAAUGAGUCGAAUAGAUUUCCUAUUAUUGAUCAAACGGGUGGUGAAAAAGUCGCGACAAGUACGCCGGAUAUUAAUACCAGUGUCCCUAAUCUGUUCGAUGACGAUGAGGAUGACAGUUUGUUUAAUUCUGUUAAAAAUUCAGCGCCAGUCAGGUCACCAAAGGCGGUACGAAGUUCACCUCGCGGCCGAGUACCCGGUGUGUUGAUAAGUCAGGCAGACCUUUUAUCUUCGAGCUUAGGCAGCAAAAUAUUUCAGCGUGCGCGUCAAGAUUCUUCGGAGUCAUCUGAAACUGAAGAGAGUGUCGGAUUCAAAGGAGAAGGAGAUAGGAAUGCAUCGGUGGUUACUGUUGAUAAUGUUAGUCGCAGUAGUAGUAUAAGUAGCAAAAGUAAUGCUACUCAGUCGCGAGAAAAUGAUAAAACUACAUCCCGGUCUAACGCGAGCUCGACUAUCGCCGGAAAUCGGAUUCAUGUCAGUAGAGAAAGUAGUGACAGCAGUGGAAUUUCAGUACCACCACUCAGUAUCAGUAGCAAUUUGUCUAUAAGCCUCGGUCUCGAACAACCGCAGAUGGAAUCAACUCGUUUGAUUUCUGAAGAAUUAUCCCGAGAAAGAUUAACAAGCGACAGCCUUUUAAAUCAACGAUCACGUCAGCAAGGUGAAGAAGUUAAUUCUGGACGUGAUGUAAGCGCUCCAGCAUCAGGAGGAGCUGUGCAGGAGCACUUGACCACCAACUCUAGUAGUAACAUUAAAAGCAAUGCUAAUAGUAAAGAAGUAAAUAUAUUUGAUGAUGACGUAUUUAGCCCACCACCGUUGCCUAAAAGUGAUAUCAAGUCCAAGUCCAAAGUAGUGUCACUUUUUGACGAUUCUGAUUCGGGUGACGAUCUAUUUUCGAAUACAAGUUCUGGCUCGCGUUCGCAAAAGAGCGCAGAUGUACUAGCUCACAGUAAUAAUAAUUUACCGCAUAAACUUGCUCAAGAAGCUAAGUCAAAAAUUAAUCAGACGAAGCUGAAGCACAGUUUGUUUGAUGACGAUAAUGAUAAGAUUGAAGAUAUCUUUGGCAGCGCAGACGAUUCGGACAUUGACAUUUUCGCGAGACAAAAGUCUAAAUCAAAUACUUUGUCAUCUGAUCUACCUGCUAAUAAGGCCAGUGUGAAUAAUAAUACCACUGAAGAAAUUAAAGUAGGUGAUAAAAAAUCACCUAGUUUUAUCUCGAACAAGUCUGAGAAGAAAACUUUGAGUAUUUUUGAUGACAGCGACGAGGAAGACGACGAUUUGUUCAGUACAAAUACUAAAAUAGCGAAGAAACCUUCAAAUAUGUUUUAUGGGGGCGGUAUUACUCCAAGUGGAGGCGGAAUGAGUGAUGAUGUUGAUGAUCUUUUCGUAAAGUCAACAUCAACAUUAACAGAAAAUAAACUUGAAGAAGAAAAAGAGAAGGAGGAGGAGGAGGUGGAAGCCGUAAAACAGGCGGCGAGUCCGAAAAAAGAUUCCGCUGAGGCCGUGACGCUUGUGGAGGGAGAGAAGAAAAGUAAAGUCAAACUAGAUGAGAAACAGAACAACAGUGACCACGUACUCCCGUCAGUUGAUGAUAAUUUACAUUCACAGAGCCGCAGGCUUUUUGAUGACUAUGCGGGUGAAGAUAGUGACGACGAGGACAGUCUUUUUGGAAAAUCAAAUGUAAAGCGAGGCUUUCCUGUUUUUAAUGACAGUGUUGUAAAUAUUAAAGAAACUAAAAUAACAAGUGUACAAAUUACUAGUGAGCGAGUAGAUAAUUAUUCUGAUACUGAGACUAAUAGUGUUUCUGCAAUAGAUGGUGGUAAAAUGUCGAGGAUUAAUGAUAAUGAUACUAAAAUCAGGACACCGCCGAAAAGUUUGAAAAUUAAACUGCCUACUGUCACUGCUGAUGAUGAUAACGAGUCAGUGUCACCGCCGAGGCGCGCUGUUUCGGGGAAAAUUAAAAAUCUCAUGGGUAAAAUGGGGGAUCUUAAAAUUCUAUCGCCCACUGACACUCCUCUGACCUGGAGAAAGGCAGCUGGGGAGAAUAAUAAGGUUGAUUCGGAAAAUGAUAACACGCCGGAUCGUGAUAGCGAGGAUGGAAGCUCGAUCAGUGUACCGAGUACUAAAUCUCCGACAAUUUUGUCUGAUGAAAACAUUAAUACAAAUGUAUCAUUGUCUCCUUCUAUCGAAACUGAAACUGCCGUGAGCUUCGAUGUUCCAGCCCAAGCUGAACCUUUGACAAUUAAAGGCUCUAAGAUUUUACAAAACCGUGCUCGCAUUCCUGUUAAGCGGCGACCUCAGAGCAGACAAGCCCGUCAAACGGCACUGAGAACAAGUGGCCUAGAUUUCGAUGCAGUCGAUACGGCUGGCUCCGUAGCAUUUGACUCAAACAAUUCAGCUAGUUCAACCACGGAAACUAAGACGAGAAGUGCCGAUGAUAGCCGUGACGAGGGAGUUGUCAAAAAUAAACAUUAUCUGAACUUAACAACAACAGACGACCGUUCGGAAAUGAGCCUCAGCAAAGACGGUUCAAUAAGUACCACAAAAAACACAUUGCUGUCGCCAUCGACCGACGAGGAAGAUUUAUUCGAUGUGCCGCCUGACUUACCCGAAGAUCCACCUAAAGAAGACAGUCUGUUUGACCAAGCGCCGAUUCUCUCGCCUGUCCAAGCUCGCAGGUCUAAAACUCAUUUUGAUAAUAAAUCACACUCUUCCUAUUCAGUUAACAAAUCAAAAGUCGAGAGUAAAAAUGAAGUAAAAGAAGCUCAUAAAGAAGAAGAUAAAUCCCUAUCAGCUCCUAUCGAUCCACUGCGUGAUGACAAUCAUGAUCCUUUAAAAGAUCCUAGUCAAUUGUUUGCGUUCGUAACUAAAACUCCGUCUCCGGAGAAAGGUCAGGGUUUGUUAUUCGAUGAAGACGACAGUCUAUUCAGUAGCACUAAAAAUGAAGCUUCUAUUAGUGAGUCUAAUAAAAAAUCACCGCUGGAUUUAUUUGACGAUGACUCAACUAGUGAUUUAUUCUCUGGUCCUUUUGCAAAGCCAGUUAAAAAACCAGCUAGUGCUGUUAAGAGCAGCUUGUUUAAUGAUUUUGACAGUGAAGAUGAUGAGACUGAGGACUUGUUUGCUUCAAUGUCUAGUAGGAAAAGUAAUCAGAGCAAAUCUGAAUUUUCUGACACUGAAACAAGUGCUAAGGGUAAUAAUAAUAAACAAGCCGACGGUUUUGAGGAUGAUGAAGAUAAUGAAGAAGAAUUGUUUUUUGAUGCCAGUGAAAAACCUUCUUCGGACUCUAGCAAAGGUGACCAGUCUCCAGCGGUGACUAGCGUUACUGCUGCUAGUGUUGAUGCUAGUAGUAAAAAAACUAAGUUAGAAGAUAUUUUCGGUAAUCAGUCUAGUGGCGAAGAUGAUAUCUUCUUCACGAAAAAACCUAUCGCCAAAGAAAAAGCCAGCUCUUUUUUUUCAAACGAAGGCGAGAGCGACGAUGACUUGUUUGCAAUAAAACCCGCGGCUGGAUUAGCCGGAUUGUCUCAGUCUGCGGAUAAGCCGGUUAAAAAAUCUGUUACUAGAGAUUUAAAAAAAACCGCUGAAGCUAUCAGUGAAGACCCACUCAGUAUACUUCAUGAUGAUUAAUUUAUUAUCAGUAUAAAUAUACAAUUGUGGUCAUUAAUUUUUAAGUAUGUUUUUAAGUUUACUGGAAAAUGGCCAUUUGUAAACUCGAACGUUUAUAAACUAUAAAUUUGAAAAUUAUUUGAUAAUGUCAUUUGCAAAAUUAGUCAAAAAUAAAAAAUGAUAUUAAUGAAAUUAGCGAAUUUUGAAAAUUUCACCAAAUAUAAAUUCAAUCAUUUAUGAAAUAGCGAAAAACAAAAAUCUGUGGUUAGGUGAAUUUAGCCAAUUCUUAUUGUAGAAACUUGUAAAAUUAGCCGAUUGUAAACUUUGUGAAUUGUAAAAUUAACCGUUUUUAAACUUCUUAUAACUUUUGAAUGGGUUGGUCGAAUCUGCUCUAAUUUUCAGAAAAACUAAAUUUAUGGAAAUCCUUUUAGGUAACUCAAAUCGUUUUUUGAUCCGUCGAUCUGUUCAAGAAUUAAGAGAGAUAUAGAAACGGCUAAUUUUAUAAGUUUCUGCAAUAAGUAUUGGCUAAAUUCACCUAGCUACAGAUUUUUGUUUUUUGCUAUUUUAUAAAUGACUGAAUUUAUGUUUAAGCUAUAUUAAUUAUUAUUUGGUUAAAUUUCUAUUUUACUAAUUUCAUUAAUAUCAUUUUUUAUUUUCAGUUAAUGCCACAAAUGACAUUAUCAACUGAUUUCCAAAUUUAGAGUUAAUAAACGUUGUAGUUUA